AUGAUACUGAGACUGAUAUCCCAAUUCGGAAUUCUGCGGGUUGUUCGAGCGGAUGAUAUUUUGAUGAUUAUAGCAUGGAUCUUUGAAGCAGCAAAAACGGCCACGUCCACCAUCGCCAUAUACUGGGGCCUUGGCCGCCAUGACUGGCAACUCUUCAGCGAACACAACUUCGAGAAUGUAAUGCGCUUUGAAAUGUAUUCCAUGACCUUUGGUACUAUAAGCGGAAUGUUUGGUCGAGUCUCAUUUGCAGUAUUCUUGCUGUUUUUCAUCCAACGGGUUUCUCGCCCCCAGACGUACUUCGUCUGGUCCAUCAUCGUUGUUCAGGUGGUGAUUAACGUUUUAUUUUUGGCUUUUACUCUUGCGCAAUGUGCGCCGUCAGUGAAGGGGGCUUGGGCAGCCGGUAUGUGUCAGACGUCCAGGUCGACGUUGGCGGUUCAGUAUGUGCAGGGAGCCAUCAAUGCGACAUCGAAUAUCUGCCUCACUUUUCUCGCUGUGAGUUUAAUCCUACAAAUACGUGCGUCAGGAUAUGCCAAGGCAAGCCUUGCUAUCCUUCUUUCUCUCAGUUUGAUCGCCACUGUUGCUGAGAUUGUCGACACUGUCGAGGUCAGUCAGACCCGCAAUGAAGGCUCCGAUUUUGCAUAUCGCCUCAAUACGUGGAAUUAUUGGUAUGCGAUGGAAAAUGCCGUUAUCAUAAUUACAGCUUCCAUGCCCAAGAUUCGGCCAAUAGUCUUGGUGGCCUAUCAACGCCUCAAAGAGUUUCGAAUAUGGAGGAAAUGCACCUCUAGAGGUCGACUCGACUUUCUUACAAAAAUGCAUAACAGAAAUACGACAACAGUUCCUCUGCCUUUCAUCCCUGGCCGUGGUAUCUUAGUCGCAGAUGACUGCAAAGACUCAUCAAUACUCCCUCGACUUGAACCAAACCCCAGCAACAAUAGCACAUACAGUAAAGAAUCAAAACCCACAAUUACCCAGAGCUGCAGUCACCGCUCUGGGCAGUCAUAUAAGGGGAAAGGUCACAGUCGAUAUUUCAGCAGCAUCAGCGGCAACUCAAGAUUCAGUCUCGGACCUCGUUCCCCCACCACAACAGCAGCAUCUGGCCUCGAUAGCAUUGAUCUAGCAAAUCUUGACCAGCAACAGCUCGCCGCAGAUCUUGUUCCCGUGUCGGCGUACAGGCUGACAUAUCAAACUGUUAUUACGGCUGGUGAUCCACAACCUUCGCAAGCACCAUCAUCAGCGACAUCAACUCAAAUGCCUCAACCUCCUCCCUCAGCAGUGACAUCGAUUGCAUCCCUCCCACCACCGAAUGGAAGCGGUCGAUCGUCACGGAACAGUAUCCGCCGAGACGGUGUGGAUGGAUUCACGACUACCAAUUCCUCUCUCAUCUUCUUACCAAUCACCAAUAACAAUCCUAGUAGCGGUACCAGAGGAGGAGGGAGGAGGAGCAAUCGUCACAAUCGAAACGCCGCGUCUGGACAGCUCCCCAUAUUACAAACGAGUCAUUUCACUAUUGAAUAUGAAGACGAUAUCAAUAGUGCAUAUGGUGAUGAUACUAUCAAUCAGCAGCAACAGCAGCAUGACUUAGGGCUUGUAUGGGCUGAUGCUGACGCUCGACAGAUUAAUAUGACUGGGGACAGAAUGUAUAACGAGGAUGACGCUGAUGCUUUGCAGUUGCAUGACGUGGGUUGUAUAUUGGAUGAUUCACCAUCUAGGAGGAAUCAGUCGUGA